AGAGACAUCUUUUUCAUAGUAUAAAUAGACCCCUUAAUUAAGCUCAUGGCCAUAUCCAACAAACCAUUUGUUGUAGAACAUCAUCCAUAGCCAGCAGCCACAAUGGAAGCGAGCGCGCAACAAGGCAACUAUGUCCAAGUCUACGUCAUGCUCCCUCUGGACAUCGUGAGCGUGAACAACAGGUUCGAGAAGGGUGACGAGCUCAGGGGGCAACUGAAGAGGCUGGUAGAGGCCGGUGUGGAUGGUGUCAUGGUAGACGUCUGGUGGGGCUUGGUGGAGGGCAAGGGCCCCAGGGUGUACGACUGGUCCGCCUACAAGCAAUUGUUUGAGCUGGUGCAUGAGGCUGGACUGAAGUUACAAGCCAUCAUGUCAUUCCACCAGUGUGGUGGCAACGUCGGUGACGUCGUCAACAUCCCGAUCCCGCAGUGGGUGCGUAAUGUCGGAGUGAGUGAUCCGGACAUUUUCUACACCGACCAGCACGGGACUAGGAACAUUGAGUACCUCACCCUUGGAGUUGAUGACCAGCCUCUCUUCCAUGGAAGAUCUGCCGUCCAGAUGUACGCCGAUUACAUGGCAAGCUUCAGGGACAACAUGAAAGAGUUCUUGGAUGCCGGUCUUAUUGUAGACAUUGAAGUCGGACUUGGCCCAGCUGGAGAGUUGAGGUACCCAUCCUAUCCUCAGAGCCACGGAUGGUCAUUCCCAGGCAUCGGAGAAUUCAUCUGCUAUGAUAAGUACCUGCAAGCAGACUUCAAAGCAGCAGCAGCGAUGGUUGGCCAUCCUGAGUGGGAAUUUCCUCGCGAUGCCGGGACGUACAAUGACACUCCCCAGAGAACUCGAUUCUUCGUGGACAACGGAACAUAUCUCACUGAGCAGGGGAGGUUUUUCCUUGCAUGGUACUCCAAUAACCUGAUCAAGCAUGGUGACAAGAUCUUGGACGAAGCAAACAAGGUCUUCUUGGGACACACAGUGCAACUGGCAAUCAAAAUCUCUGGCAUUCACUGGUGGUACAAGGUUCCAAGCCAUGCAGCCGAGGUCACAGCUGGGUACUACAACUUACAUGAUAGAGACGGCUACAGACCCAUAGCACGCAUGCUCAAAAGGCACCAUGCUAGUCUUAACUUCACUUGCGCCGAGAUGAGGGACUCGGAGCAAAGCUCACAGGCGAUGAGCGCACCGGAAGAACUAGUCCAACAGGUGUUGAGCGCUGGAUGGAGAGAGGGCCUAAAUAUGGCAUGCGAAAAUGCACUUCCUCGAUAUGAUCCAACUGCUUACAACACCAUACUCAGGAAUGCGAGGCCUCAUGGCAUCAACAAGAGCGGCCCUCCUGAGCACAAGCUGUUUGGAUUCACCUACCUUCGGCUGUCGAAUCAGUUGGUGGAGGGACAAAACUAUGUCAAUUUCAAGACCUUUGUUGACAGAAUGCAUGCCAACCUGCCUCAUGACCCAUGUGUUGAUCCAGUGGCGCCUUUGCAAAGAUCAGGGCCAGAACUGACGAUUGAAAUGAUCCUACAAGCAGCGCAGCCAAAACUGGAGCCAUUCCCCUUUGAAGAGCACACCGACCUGCCAGUUCAAGGCCUCGGUGGCAUCGGUGGUGGGGAGGUUGAAGACCCCACUGGUGGCAUGGGUGGGGAGGUUCAACAAGACCCCACUGGUGGCAUGGGUGGGGAGGUUCAACAAGACCCCACUGGUGGCAUGGGUGGGGAGGUUGAAGACCCUACCGGUGGCAUGGGUGGGGAGCUCCCUCCCACCGUGUAGUGAAACCUUUACUAUCUACAAUACCUUUUAUGUUGUGUGUCACAGAGAAACCUUUCUCUGCCUUAUUAACAAUAAAUAAAGCACAUUACUUGUGCGUGUUCUGGAAGAAAAA